AUGGCCAGCGACUAUGUGGACCGGGGACUAUUCAGCGUCGAGACGAUUUCCCUUCUUGUUUGUUUGAAGUUACGAUACCCAUCACGCGUUCAUCUUAUCCGCGGUAAUCAUGAAUCACGAGGUGUUACUCAGUCAUAUGGCUUUUAUACCGAAUGCGCCAGAAAAUACGGCAACGCCAAUGUCUGGCACUAUUUCACCGACAUGUUCGACUUUCUCACCCUCAGCGUCGUCAUUAAUAAUCAGAUCUUCUGCGUACAUGGUGGACUAUCACCGUCUAUUCAUUCCAUCGAUCAAAUCAAGAUUAUCGACAGAUAUCGAGAAAUUCCUCAUGAAGGACCGAUGGCAGAUCUGGUUUGGUCCGAUCCAGAUCCAGAACGGGACGAAUUUUCUCUUUCGCCUCGAGGCGCUGGGUACACAUUUGGUGGUGAUGUGGUGAAGAAGUUCCUCCAGGUCAAUAGCAUGUCUCACAUUUUACGUGCCCACCAACUUUGUCAAGAAGGCUACCAGGUACUAUAUGAUGAUAGACUCAGCACAGUCUGGAGUGCGCCAAACUACUGCUAUAGAUGUGGAAAUCUAGCUAGUGUCUUGGAGGUCAGUGAUGCUGGAGAUCGAUUUUUCAACAUCUUUGAUGCAGCUCCAGAGAAUGAUGUUCAUCGAAAUGAACAGCAACAGCAGCAACAGCAACAGCAGCAGCAGACUCAAGGCAAAGAUGGUCAGGGUACUCAAAUCGAGUACUUCCUCUAG